CCUCGGCUUAGCUUGGAAUGGGCUGCGGGCGGCCGAGGAGAGACUUGUGAGUUGGCAGCGGUGCAUUGUGGGGGGGUGUGGCGAGGUGGGUGCCGCUGCCCAGGGGCGGCUCCUGACUUGAGCGGAGGACGGUCGCAAGUUCUCCUGAACUUCGCCGGCCAGGGAUGCCUGUGGAGUCCUGCUGCUUGACCCUACCAUGUGGGAGCUGAAAUGUCUCCAGCACAGCCGGUCGGAUUUGGCCAUGAUCCUAGGCCGCCUGUUGCUGCCCCUAAUGGUUACACUGAUGCUCCUGUUGCCGUUGUACCCAGCUGCUGCUCAACUCUCUUCCUACCCAUUAUUUGUGGUUCCCAACGGUACAUUCAAUCAUUUGGCUCAAGCCCAGAACACAGGGGGACUGUAUGUGGGGGCCGUCAAUGCCUUGUAUCAGCUGGACUCUGAGCUGAGGCUUCUAGGACAUGCCCCCACAGGGCCAAACCAAGAUAGUCCCGAGUGUCUCCCUUUCCGCGAUGUCCGUGAGUGUCCGCAGGCCCAACUGAUGGACAACUCCAACAAGCUCCUCUUACCCAAUGAACAUGCUGGUGAGCUAGUGGUGUGUGGGCAGCUGUUCCAAGGAGUAUGUGAGAAGCGAGCUCUGACGGACAUCACCAAAGUGUUGUACCAUCCUGAGGAUCCAGGAGACAACCAGUUUGUGGCAGCCAAUGAGCCAAAGGUUUCAACAGUUGGUUUGGUGGGGCAACACAAUGGCCGGGACUUACUCUUUGUGGGUCGCGGACUGACUGCAAAGCUCUCUGGAGGGAUCCCACCGUUUACCAUCCGCCAGUUGGAAGGACCGCAGGCCUUCUCCAAUGAGGGAAUGGGGAAACUGGUUGUGGGUGAUUUCUCAGACUACAACAACAGCUACGUGGGUGCCUUUGCUUCUGAUGGCUAUGUCUACUUCCUGUUCUUUCGGCGUGGAGCAAAGGCACAGCUGGAAUAUCGUACCUACCUUUCCCGGACCUGCGUAGAUGACACCAACCUCUAUUCCUACGUGGAGUUGCCUCUCGAAUGCCAACAUAGUCAGGGGCAAGCUUACAACCUGGCUCAGGCUAUGCAUCUGGCACCUGGUUUGGUUGGAAAAGACAAAACCCUCUUUGUUGUUUUAGCUGCUGGGCAGGGUUCCACUGCAGUUCCAACUGGGCGGACUGCACUGUGUUCCUACAGCUUGAGUGCAAUUAAUGCAGCGAUGGAGAAGACGCGGCAGCUGUGCUAUACCACAUCUGGAAUAGGUGACAACAAUGAAGAGGAGGCUGCCAUUGAAUACGGAGUGACCUCUCGUUGCAGCUCUUUAUCCAAAGAGUCCCCAGAGAUUUACCCCUGUGGGGAUGAACACACGCCUAGCCCCAUUGCUAGCCGGAAGCCAUUGGUGGCUGAGGCACUCCUGACUACCGUGCCAAGAUUGACAGCUGUGGCUGCCAUGGUAGAAACUGGCCAUACCAUCGUCUUCCUGGGAGAUGGUGUUGGGCAGCUGCACAAGAUUUAUCUGAACGGCUCCGUGGCACAGAUCUACAGCACGAAGCCCACCGGUCAGAAUUCUCCUGUCAACUCAGAUCUGCUACUCGACAGUAAUGGGGCCUCCCUAUAUGUGAUGACAACUUCACAGGUGUCCAAGAUCCCAGUCUCAGAAUGCCCUAAUUUCCAAAACUGCACCUCAUGCCUGCAUGCAGAAGAUCCCUUUUGUGGCUGGUGCGUCCUACAGAGCAGGUGUACCCGGAAAUUGGAAUGUGAACGCCAUGAGUUGGCCAAUCACUGGUUCUGGAGUUAUGGAGAUGAGAGCCAGUGCUUGAGAGUGGAAGAAAUUUCACCAGCCAACCAGAGUCGAGAAACACAGACAGAGAUCUCCUUGUUGGUCCCCAAUCUCCCUGCACUGGGUGAAGGAGAACAUUACCGCUGUGCAUUUGGGAUCCAAGAAAGCCAGGCCCAGCUGCAAGACUCUUGGAUCCGCUGCUUAUCACCUGUUCCUGAACAGGUGCCACCUAUCCAAGAAGGCAAAGACCAUGUGACUGUGACGUUAGCUCUGAUGUUCCAGGAUGUUGUCAUAACCUCUCUGGGAUUUUCCUUCUACGACUGUAAUGCCGUGAGCCAACUCGCUGAUUCUACCCCAUGUGGAACGUGUGUAGACAGCCCCUGGAUGUGCCACUGGUGUCCAUCUAGUCAUCGCUGUGUCUCGGAAGGGCCCUGCCCAAAUGCAGAGGUGCUUGUCUACAACCACAAGGCAUUGGCUGAAGAAUUCCAGGAAGAAUCUUGGGGUCAAGCUGCCUGUCCCAGUGUGGGAACGGAUGGAGAAAUCCCCCUGAUUCCUGUCAAUGUGGAAAUGCCAAUAAAUCUGGUGGCCUGGAAUCUACACUUAGUGACAAGCCAGGAUCCAACAACAGUCUUCUGUGUAUUGGAAGUGGAAGGAGUCCCGAUUUUUGUUCCAGCAUCCCUGGAAGAAAGGGAUGAGGACACAUCCCAUCAUGUGAGGUGUCAGUCUCAAACAUAUCGCUAUACCCAAGCUCUCCCAGAACUGCGUGUACCUCUCUAUAUCGUAGUGGGGGAUAACCAACGCCUCGAUAGCCAUGAAGAUUUGUAUGUGACUUUGUACAACUGUUCUGUUGACCGUUCGGACUGCAGUCGCUGCAAAGCGGCCCCCCAGCAUUUCCACUGUGUCUGGUGUCAGCUGGAAAAAGAGACUGGCUGUGUCUAUGAGAACUCCUGCCCAUCCAAACUUGGUGUGGCUACUUGCCCAUCGCCCGUCAUCUACUCGAUAUCUCCACUCACUGGACCUUUGGAAGGAGAAAUGGCUCUCACUGUGAUAGGAUCCAACCUGGGUCAUCGCUUUGAAGACGUGGCCGGAAGUGUGCUUGUAGCUGGGCUGCCAUGUGUUCCUGAUCCAGCUCAGUACAUAGUUUCCACUCGGAUUAUCUGUAAUGUGCCCCCUGGAAAGCGAGGUUUAUCUGGCCCUGUUCAGGUCACCAUUGGAGAUCGCCCCACGGGGAUUUCCAAAAACCACUUCACCUACCAGGAUCCGACCCUGCUCAAUGUACACCCAGGACUUGGUCCCAUGGCUGGAGGAACCCGAAUAACCAUCUCUGGCAAGGACCUCCUAACUGGCCCCGAGAUUACUGUCAGUGUGGGCAACCUGCCCUGUAUUCUUGAGGAACCUGCGGAACCCAGAGCCAUUGUGUGCCGUACCAGUGCCAGCUUGAUGCCCCAGAGAGCAACUGUUCGUGCCAAGUAUGGUGUGGCAGUGCGUGAAUUUCUGGAGAAGCCCUUCCUUUAUACACCUAAUCCACAGCUCACUGGGGCCUUCCCAUCUACCAGCUUCCAUGGGGGUGGAAGAAUUAUCCAGGUGGAGGGGACUAAUUUGGAUGUGGUGCAACAACCCCUCAUCAAAGCCAUCUUGGAGCAAGAGAAGACGGCCACAGGCAAAAGCAUCCGGAAUAAAAGAUCCUGUGAUUCUUUGCAUGGCCCUCAUGCCCCAUUGUCCUCAGCUUCCUCAAGGCCCUGUGUUGAGGUGGGCGAUCUGUUGGAGUGCUGGGAACCUUGCUGUGCUAAUUCAUCCACUCUCCUACUUUGUCCAUCGCCAGCUGUGCCACCCAAUGCUCACUUCCGCCACCUUGUUUUUGAGCUGGAUGGAUUCCACGUUCCUUUUAGCAAUGCCAGUGGAGGACAAGAAUUCUCCUACAAACCCAAUCCCCACCUGCGCUGGCCUGGUCGGGAAUCCACUGGCCGCCCUUUUAGUCUUAAACCCGGCAAUGUCCUGGACAUAGAGGGAGAAGGUUUGAACCUCGGAAUCAGCAAGAACGAAGUGAGGGCCUUCAUAGGCAACAGUGUUUGCACCGUGAAGACUCUUACGCUUACCCAUUUGUACUGUGAGCCCCCUCUGCAACCACCACAGCCGUUUAAUACUUCUUCUGUGUUGCCUGAGUUUAUAGUACAGAUGGGAAACCUGCGCCUGGAUCUUGGUCGUGUCCGCUAUGAUACAGAACCGCCAUCUAGUUUUCCCCCACAAGCCCAAAUUGGGCUGGGUGUAGGGGCAGCAGUGCUGGUGGUUAUAGUCCUGCUUCUCAUUUUAAUGUACAGACGAAAGAGUAAGCAAGCCUUGCGUGAUUAUAAGAAAGUCCUAGUGCAGCUUGAGAACAUGGAGAUCAGCGUCGGAGACCAGUGCCGCAAGGAAUUCACUGAUCUCAUGACUGAAAUGACUGACUUGAGUGGGGAGCUGGAAGGCUCUGGAAUCCCUUUCCUGGACUACAACACCUACGCUCAGCGUGUCUUCUUCCCGGCUCAGGGGGAUGUCCCUCUGAGACGGGUGCUGGACCUGCCCGAGGGCCGUCGAGCCACAGUGGAGCAGGGCCUGGGACAAUUCUCCAAUCUGUUGAACAGCAAAGUCUUCCUGCUGACGUUAAUCCGGACGUUGGAGGCCCAACCUACCUUCUCUCAACGAGACCGAUGUCAUACAGCAUCGCUUCUCUCUUUGGCUCUCCAUGGGCGGCUGGAAUACUUGACGGACAUCAUGCAGACCCUGCUGAGUGAUCUGGCUGCCCACUGUGUUGCCCGCAAUCCUAAGCUCAUGCUUCGCAGGACAGAGACCAUGGUGGAGAAACUACUGACCAAUUGGAUGUCCAUCUGUCUCUACUCCUACCUUAGGGAGGUAGCUGGGGAGCCCUUGUACAUGCUUUUCCGUGCCAUUAAGUACCAGGUGGAUAAAGGCCCGGUGGAUGCUAUCACAGGCAAGGCCAAGCGGACGCUAAAUGACAGCCGGCUGCUCCGAGAGGAUGUGGAAUAUCGGCCUCUCACUCUGACAGUCUUGGUGCGAGGAGGGCCUGGUGGUGGGACCGAAACUCAGCGUAUCCCAGCCCGUGUCCUCGACACAGAUACUAUCACCCAAGUGAAGGAAAAAAUCUUGGACCAGGUGUUCAAGGGUGUGCCUUUCUCCCAGCGGCCCUCUGUGCAUUCUCUUGACUUAGAAUGGCGCUCAGGGGUUGCUGGCCAUCUGACCCUUUCAGAUGAGGACCUGACUUCAGUCAUGCAGAACCAGUGGAAGAGGCUCAACACGUUGCAACAUUACAAGGUUCCUGAUGGGGCCACAGUCAGUCUCAUCCCCCGCCUUCACAAUGACAUUUCCCAAGGCACGGGUCAAAACUUCUUCUUUGGAGAAAACACCCCAAUGCUAGAGGAUGGAGAGGAAGGGGGGCUACGCCUCUGGCACCUGGUAAAGCCCACAGAAGAACCAGAAGCCACAAAGCAGCAGCAGGGUCGGCGCAGCAGCCUACGAGAGCGGGCAAAGGCUAUUCCUGAGAUCUAUCUCACUCGCCUGCUUUCCAUGAAAGGAACCCUACAGAAGUUUGUAGACGAUGUGUUCCAGGCAGUGCUGAGCGUAAACCGCCCAGUGCCAAUUGCUGUCAAGUAUCUAUUUGACCAAUUGGAUGAAUUGGCAACAAAGCAUGGGGUCACUGAACCUGAGACUUUGCAUAUUUGGAAAACCAACAGUCUGCUGCUGCGCUUCUGGGUGAAUACACUCAAGAACCCUCAAUUCAUUUUCGAUGUGCGUGUCUCUGAUAAUGUGGACGCAAAUCUCACUGUCAUUGCUCAGACAUUUAUUGAUGCAUGCACAACCGCUGAACACAAAGUUGGCAGGGACUCACCAGUCAACAAAUUACUCUAUGCCAGGGAAAUCCCACACUACAAACAAAUGGUGGAGAAGUAUUAUGCAGAUAUUCAACAGACUGUUCCUGCCAGCUACCAAGAGAUGAACUCAGCCCUCACUGAACUUUCAGGGAAAUAUUCCUCUGAUCUCAAUUGCUUAGUGGCUCUGCAAGAACUUUACAACUAUAUUAACAAAUACUAUGACCAGAUAAUCAGUGCAUUAGAAGAAGAUCCAUUGGGCCAAAAGAUGCAGCUAGCAUAUCGACUGCAACAGAUUGCAGCUCUUGUAGAGAACAAAGUGACUGACUUGUAACAUUUCUAAAUCAGUUGUCCACCCAGAUCCAACACUGCAAACCUAAGCAUAUUUAACUCAGAAGUAAACCUUCCCAUGUUGCUGAAGAGGGGCAAAUCGACCUAUCCUGAAAAUUCUCCACUAUCCAUUGAUCAGCAACAUUUUCAGGUGCCAGGCAGCAUUGCACAAUCUCCCUCAGAGGCAUCUUAAAUAAUUUAAAAUGGCCAACACCACUGCUUCCCUCCUUCCACCCCCAGUGCCUUAAUUGCAUGGAUGCUAUAAGGCUCUUUUGCACUUGGUGCUCAUUCUGUCUUUUAUUAAAAAAAAAAAACUAACUGCAAAGGGAGUAAUCCCUGUAUGGAACACUGGCUUUGUAAAUAAAAAUGGUGUAUUUAUUUUGGACACCCUACAAGAAGGGUGUCAAAUUACAGUGUCCCCCUUUUAAGCAGCGCGCACUAAUGGGCAAUUCUGUGCUGACCAUUACAGAUCUGGGAUUGGGGAUUGGGGGAAUUUUAUCCCUUCAGACCUCAUUUCCUGGUUUAUAAUGCACUAAUAUUGCAUUUUUUUUAAAAAAAAUAUUUGUAUAAACACUAUAUUCUAAUUGGUCUUUAUUUUAACUCUUCCUAUCUAUUGCCCUCUCCUUCCCAAUUUUAUGUAUAUAUGGGAGUCUCCUGCUCUGGGAUUGUAUUUAUUUUAAUGACACUUUGAAGAAUUAAAAAAAAACUUUUCAGAAAAA